UAAGAAACGUCUUUGAGUCGUAAUAAAGGUGUAACCAUUUGACCUAAAUAGAAAAUGAAGCACUAACCUAAGAAUCUAACAUCAGACCCUCACCAUUAUUUAAUGUUAUUUGAAUCAUUUCCCACACUAAUAAUUCACCGGUGUAAAUUAUUAAAACCCCAGAGGCAGCAAAUGUGCUGCAGAAGCAGCAGCUACACUGCUUCCUUUCUCCAGCAGAUUUGCAUAGCAACGAUCAUAUUUGGUAAAUUUAUUAGUCAGAGUAGCAUCUUGGUCACUGUGGAGCAGGUAGAUGAAGACUAGGCGGAAAUCCAGCUGCAAAACAUUAAAGACCUCCUGCACUCUACUCACAUUCGUCCAUUUAAAGUCCUUCUGUGCUAAUGUAUAAAUAAUUCAGCUGCGUUUGAUGCCCUAAUAACCAGUCAGAGGUUAAUCAUAUCUGAGGAAAUGUCCAAGAUUAAUAGAGAUGGUCAGAACUAAAUGAAAAGAGGAAAGUGCUUAAGAUUUGAAAUAAAAGUACCAAAAGGGUAAACAUCUUGAGAAACAUCUUGAGGAUCCUUUUUACAGGUUGGGGUUGUUUGAGUCUUGUCUGGUUUUAAUAAAAGCCCUCAGUUUCUUAAUCUAAAAAAAGGAAACCUAUUAGGAAAGGUUUUGGUAAAAAAAAAAAAACACACAGUCACAAGGAGCACCCACCUUUGUAAGUCAGUGCGCCAAAAGACAUUGUCCUGUGUACAUCGGGAGCUGUGCAGCUGGUGCUAUUCUUACCACGUGCUUUACCCCGUCAGUGAUUUCGUCAUGGACAGCAAGUUAGAACAAAGAGAAAACGUGAAAUACUACUUAAGACCUCACACGUGAGUUUCUCUCCUGGAAAUGAUCUCGCUUCCGCACCCACCCUACUCUGUAAACUGUGCUCUCUUUUUUAUUUUAUUUUAUUUUUUAAACAGUUUGACUUUUUAAAUGGUGGAUCAACAGUGCUUCAGGGUGGAAGAUGGAUCCAGAACAACAGAAAACCAUUAACGUUUUUUAAAGUUAAAACCUCAUCUCUAUACUUGUCUAAAGUGAAAAUACUGAGCUUUUAUAUAUUUUUUUUAGUCUGCCAGCUUUUAUAACUGCGGCGUUGUGGUCCCUCUAGGCAUCAGGCAUCAUGAUGCUUUGCUAAUGGUUCAGUACACCAGAGAGAAUAUCUGUACGUUGAUGUCACAUGCCGGUUGUCGGUUGCUGCUGUUAAUCAAUUCGUAUUGAGGCUGCUAUUGGACAAAUUAGGGUAAGUGCGUAAUGAUGCGGCCUCAUGCUAAGAAAUGUUAAACACUGUAUUUCUGCAUUUUGUUAGCAAUGUAUCUGGCAAAUAAAGGGGGAAUCUUCUCUUUACAAACACAAACAUUAAAGUUGAAGUCCGGCCCAGAGAAGGGGAUGCCUCAGUUCUUGUUUCUGCAUCUGCUCACUGGCUGAAUUUGAAAAGUAGGAGGAGUUCCAUUGCUGCUGCAGCAUGCACUAGAAGGGAGGGAGAGAGGGAGCACAAAUACAUCAGUGCUAUAUAGAGAAGGAGGGAGGGAGUGAAACAGAGAGAGAGAGAGAGAGAGAGAAAAUAAGAGGAAGGAAGGGAGGGAGAGAGGGAGGAGGAAGGAAAGCGAGGCUGACUGUGCUCUCUGCACCGCAACACACACUCUCCCUCAUUACCAUUCCAGACACUGCCUUCUCCAAGGAGAACCCUUCGCUCUGUUUGAGAUGCCAAUCACCGCCGGCUGUCCUUUCAUCCUCGAUCACAAGCACUGAAAGCUCGGGAAAGUGGGAGCCCCUGCAGAGGCUAAGAGGAUUUCCCUGCUCUUGUCCGUCCGACCAAAGUUACUCUGCAACAACAAAAAAAAAAAAAAAAAGGAAAAUACGCACAUGGAUAAUGCUGUUUAGUAUUGCAAGAUUUUGAUUGGACCAUUUACGUUGUCUUACCUGCAGACUAAUCAGUGCUAAGAGGAAAGAUGGGGAUCCUUCAAUCAGAGUGGUAAGGACUUUACUUCCUCUUUCCUUUUUAUCAUCCACUUUGACGCCGACAUCGAUCUGUCCUGCUCCGUCACAGCUGCGCCUCAGAGGAAGUGAAGGAUAAAGGUGGGAGAUGUUCAUGUUGGUAGGUCCUGUCUGGUUACGUAUCGGAUCGUACAGUUACUAACUGUUUGAUUUGUCAUACCUCGGAUAUAGACUUUCUAUACAACCUGCGUACCAAAGGAUUUCCGUAGGCUGCGCAAAUGAGCGGAUCGUGUUCCUGCUGAGAUGGCAGACAUCAGGCAUGGGCACGUCUAUCCUGUCUGCCGGGGCCAGCAGCAGUCUGGGCAAGAUCUGCUGAGUUAGGCCCCCCCCCCCAGAGGAAAGCUUCCUCCAUCCUUGUGUGCCCACACACUCGUUUAACAAGAUGAACACAACUGAGCUGAACCAGAGCGCUGUGACAUUCUGCCUCCUGGACAUUGGUUACUCUCAGAUCCUUAACACGUGCCUGCUUGAAGUCAUCGUCAUCCUUUUUCUCACGGUGCUCAUCAUCUCCGGGAACUUAGUCGUUAUCUUUGUGUUUCAUUGCGCGCCUUUACUGAGCCACCACACCACCAGCUCUUUCAUCCAGACAAUGGCAUACGCUGAUCUGCUGGUGGGAGUAAGCUGCCUCAUCCCAUCCCUGUCUUUGCUGCACCAUCUGAAAGGGCUGGACGAGGAGCUUACCUGCAAGGUGUUUGGUUACAUGGUUUGUGUGCUGAAGAGCGUCUCCAUGGCCUCACUGGCGUGCGUUAGCGUGGACCGCUAUGUGGCCAUCACACGGCCUCUGUCCUAUGCGGCCUUGGUGACGCCGUGCCGUCUUCGUGCCUGCAUCGCUCUCAUUUGGCUCUACUCCUGCCUCAUUUUCCUGCCGUCCUUCUUCGGCUGGGGCAAGCCGGGGUAUCACGGUGACGUCAUCAAGUGGUGCUCGUCAUCCUGGACCACUCAGCCGUUCUUCACUGCCUUUAUCGUGGCAGCGCUGUACGCACCUGCAGCCCUCACGGUGUGCUUCACAUACGCCCACAUUUUCCGGAUAUGCCGCCAGCACACCCGACAGAUCAGCGAGCGCCGGGCGCGAUUUGGCCCGCAGGAAACGGAGCCAGGAGAACCGCCAGGCCCUGACAAGCGCUACGCCACUGUGCUCUUCCGAAUCACCAGCGUGUUCUACCUGCUGUGGUUACCCUACAUCAUCUACUUUCUGGUAGAGAGCGCUGGAAUAUACCACCAUCCCGCAGCCUCCUUUUUGACCACAUGGCUUGCAAUCAGCAACAGCUUCUGUAACUGCCUCAUCUACAGCUUGUCGAACAGCGCCUUCCGUAAAGGCCUCAAGCGCCUCUGUUUAAUCUGCAUAAAACGCACAGAUACCAAGAAACCCCCCGGAGGACCUCCAGCUCCUUCUCGCCCGGCGUGCCACGUGUAGCAGUGCUCAGUGCAGUCCGGACAGUGUCGGUUAUCGUGUGUCUCGCCCGCUUGUUAGUGGAAACACGCUUGUGUUGGCAUUUGGGUGGCAUUCCCAGGGCUCGUCCCAGAGUCUGGUUGAGGUAACAGUCACCUUAAACCCCAUUGAUGAAGGGGGUAAUUAGGGCUGCUGUUUUGUGCAGCGUUGAACAGCAAAUAUUUUAUGCAAAACGUGACGAACCAGUAAACAAAGUAAAGUGUAAUAAUUGAGUAUACAGAUCAACGGGGGGAAAGUACCUUAGUUUUUUAAACAAGUCAUAUGACUUAUCAAAGGAACAUCAUAUUAACACUGAUAGACCGUACCCAGAGAGAACUGACGUUCCCUUUGGGUUUUUUUUGGGACGUAAAAUGUUAUCAGAGAAACCUGUGACUAACCAUGUGCCACAUCUCCUCAUUUCUCCUGUUAGCUGCUUCGCGUUAGCGACACACGUUAUUGCAGAUUGUAUAACUUUGCCUCCGGUCACAGGACGAAUGUAUGAGCGGAUCAUCGAACAGACGAACCAUUCUGCCCGACUCCAGAUUGCACAAAGAUGCACUUUCUCACUGGAAGACACGGGACCUCACCGCAUCGUUCUUUCUCUCUUCAAUUUUGUGUUGUUAGGAAUAUUUUUUAGCACCACCAAUCGGUGAAAGCGGUUCCGGAUGAAGACCAGCCUCCCUUUUCUUUCUUUUUAAAAAAAAAUAAAGGCUCGCAUCCUCGGAGGCUUUUGACGUGACAUUUCUUUAUACGAUGCAGUUUAAGUGUAGCACAGCUGUCUUGGCAUGUUCGGUUUAUUUUCCCAAAAAAAAAAAAAACAUUUGAUGUGCUGUACGCCUUACGGCUAAUAAUUAUCUAAACAACAUUGCAUCAAUUACGGAUUACACUUAGUCGCAGAGCUCCUAGCUGUACACCUCGGGAACAACAGAACCCGAGAUUUGACGCAAAAAAACACACAUGGUCAAAGGACACGUUAAUACAAGCAAGCAAAAAACUAAUUAAGGGUCUGAUUUGUGCAAAAACAAACACAAAGGCUACAUGACUGUUUUUUCGCAAGUCUUCAGGAUUUCCUCUGUAUUAUUAUUAGUAUUAAUAUUAUUAUUAUUAUUAUUGGGACCUUUCUUCCUGUAUAUUUCAUAAUUUAUAUAUAUAUAUAUUUACCUGAAGGUGCCAAGAAAAUGGAGGACACUGGAAUCCACCUCCUCGUCGUUGUCGUCGUCGUCGUCGUGUCGUCGUAUCCCUGCUGUGAGCGUGAAGUCAAUUUGUUGUCACACUGGUCAGAACUUCAGCGGUACUGUUUUACUGUACAUAGCUUUUGUCCUCUACUCGACCGAACUCAAAUAUUUAACAGACUUUUUUUUUAUUAUUAUUCCUUCAAAAAAACCUAUUGAAUGAAGAUGCCAUGUUUGAGAACAUGUAUGCAACUGUGUCUCCUGUAGCGUGGGCUGCGUGCGCUUCGAAAGAAUCUAUUUAUUGUAUCGUUAUCGUUAUAAAAACUUGUGUGUCUUGA